AUGUCUCAAGGAACACUGUUUUUGAAUCUUGCUUCUCCACGCUCUUCUCUAUUCAAGGAUUUGGCCGAGUACCUCAACUUGGAUAUCAAAAUUUCUGAUAACAAGGAUCCAGUUUUUAUUAAGAACUUCCCGUUGAAACGGGUUCCUACUUUCAUUGGCCCAGACAACUACAUUUUACAUGAAGCUGUUGCCAUUUUGAUUUACCUGAUUUCACUGGCUCCCAACGGCCACAACUUCUACGGAAAGAACAUUUACGAACAGGGUCAGGUCUGGAAAUGGGUCUCGUUUGUCAACAGCGAAUGGAUUAGUGAAUUGGUCAACUUUAUCUAUCCAUUGAAUGGAACCUUACCAUACAACAAGGAACAAGUUGCAGAGGCAGAAAAAACCUUGGAAACUUUUGCCAACCUGCUGGAAGACCAGCUUAAGAAGACCAAGUAUCUGGCAACCGACGACCAACCUACUUUGGCCGACAUCUGGGCUGUCCAGUCUGUCAGAUGGGGAUUCCAGUCCGUUUGGGACAAAAAAUGGACCCAGAAACACGCUGUUUUAUACAAAUGGUUCAGGGAAAUCGCCGACAACAGUCCUGUGGUCUCGCGCUCGCUCAAGGGAUUCCAGCCUCUUGAGGUGGCUUGGAAGAACGAGAAGAAGGCGUAA